AGCGCGCACCGCGUCCACGCGGCAUCACGGCGGCCACCGUUAUGGCUAGUCCACGUAUAUCCUUUAUCGGGGAGAUGUCACUUGGUGUCCGCGACGCGCGACGGUAGGCGCCCUGCGACGACGGUGGCUGCUGCUCGACGUCCAGUCCCCGUAGUGGAUAAAGUGCGGUCGCCGACGGCGAGCGGGGGGUAGGCCACGUCGAGCACACGGAUCUCCCGCGGAUUCGCGCCUUUUCGCCCUUUUCGCCGUCUCCUCGCGACUCCUCGACUCAACCUUGGUGAACGAACGUUGGUGAACGAACGAGGCGGGACGGAAAGGGGCAGAGAGAAAUAACAGAGCGAUCCCUCGUCGAUCGAGGUUCGCGCGCGCGAUCUCUACGGCGAUCGAUGCGAACGAUGAGAACGUAACGUCGUCGGAGGACGAGGAUAGGAACGAGACAUAUCCUUCGUCUUCUCUGCGGCAUCUCUCGCUCGGCCGGGGCCCGGGACCCGGGACUCGGGGCACUUCCUCCGGGUACUCGCAAGGACUCUCGCAACCUCGCAACGACCACGCCGGUACCACCUGUACACCGAGCUCUGUAUCCCGCGUUACGUAACAUGGUAGAGAGCACUUAUGCGAGCGACUCGCCGAGAUCACGCUCGCCCAUGACGGAGCCAUCGAGUCCGCUGCACUCGGAUGGUCCCGGUAUAUCCGGCUACGGGCACAGCUAUCUGUACAGCUACUCGCCGGAACACGCGCAGAAUCACGUAUCGGCGGCGACGAGGCGCAACAAUCAGAACGAGACGGGCGCCGUCGAUGCCGCGCACGAGCGCACGUUCGCCAGGAGCCCGAUCGGCACGGAGGAGACGACGAUGCCGCGGCACCGCGGCCACGGCGGCGUCCGCGAACCGAUCGUUCCCUCGCGAUCCGCGACCGGCACCUCUGCCGCCACCAUGUCGUCCCCCACCUCGCUCUCCAUCGACAGCAUCCUGGCGCCGAGGCCGAUCGGCAACAUCGUCGCCCCUACGAGCACCACCACCGUCGCCGCGUCCGUGAUCCAGACGCCGGAGACGAUCGAGUCGGCGGCCGGCCGCACCACCACCACCGCGGCGAUGCAUCCGCUGCAACAGCAACUGCACCACUUGGCGUUCACCUCGGCGGAUUUUCUCGCCGCGGCAUAUCCAGGACUGUACCCCGGAGGUUACGUGGCGGCGAUGGCCGCCGCCGGUGUUUCCCUUCACGGACAGCCGGCUUUCUAUCACGCCGGCCAUCCCUACCAGAUAAACCCGAACAAUCCGGGAAUGGGCCCGAUGGCGAAGAGGAAACGUCGCCAUCGAACGAUCUUCACGGAGGAGCAGUUGGAACAAUUGGAGGCCACCUUUGACAAGACGCAUUAUCCCGACGUGCUCCUGCGAGAACAGCUAGCCCUUCAGGUCGACCUCAAGGAAGAAAGGAUCGAGGUGUGGUUCAAAAAUCGUCGUGCCAAGUGGCGGAAGCAGAAGCGUGAAGAGCAGGACCGUAUCCGGAAGCUGCAGCUGGAGCAGCGUCAGCGCACAGACGAUGGCGGCACCGCGACGACGGUGAUGGUGGGCGAUCGUCUGGGUCUGAGCAGGCAGCAGCAGCAGCAGCAGCAUCAGCAGAAGCUCGAGCAGGAUACGGACAGCUCCGACCUCGAGGUAGCGUAGGGGAACCGUGGUGACGACGAGACGCGACGAGUCUCGCCCAACGGUAAAUCGAGGAGGUCGAGGACGACGGAAGACGGCCCGGUGCUAUCGCGCUCUUAUCGACAAUUUGUAUGGGCAUGUACAUAGUAUGUGGUGACUGCGCUGUAAAUACCACUGUAAAUAUGACUAACGAUGAAUGUGUACAAUACCGAAAUAAAUUAUUGCAUCGAA